UUUUUGUUUUAAAUAUGUAAGAACAUUUAGUGAUUUUGUAAAAGUAGUCGAAGUUGGUGCUAGAGAUGGACUACAAAAUGAGAAAAAUAUUGUACCAACUGUAAUUAAAGUUAAUUUUAUUAAUAAAUUGUCUGAAACUGGAUUGAAGAGUAUAGAAGUAACCAGUUUUGUGUCUUCUAAGUGGGUACCACAAAUGGCAGACAAUACAGAAGUUUAUCAAACGAUUAACAAGAAGCCUGACAUAUCAUAUCCUGUUCUUGUUCCUAAUUUGAAAGGUUUAGAAGGUGCAUUGAAAGCAAAUGUAAAAGAAAUAGCAGUUUUCAGUGCUGCAUCUGAGACUUUUUUAAGAAAAAAUACUAAUUGUUCUAUUGAUGACAGUAUAAAAAAUAUUAAAACAGUUGUUGAAGAAGCUAAGAAAUAUAAUGUUAAAGUUAGGGGCUACGUAUCUUGUAUUGUUGGUUGCCCCUACGAGGGAGAAAUUAAAUCCAUGCAGGUAGCAAACAUAUCUGAAUUAAUGUUAGAGCUUGGAUGCUAUGAAAUUUCUCUAGGAGAUACCAUUGGUACAGGAUCUCCUAACAAAAUAAAGAAAGUGUUAAGUGAAUUGAAGAAAAUAUCAGGUGAUAUGAAUAAAUUUGCACUUCAUUGCCAUGACACUUAUGGACAGGCAUUGGCGAAUAUUUAUUGUGGUCUUGAACAUGAUAUAAGAGUAUUUGACUCAUCAGUUGCUGGAUUGGGAGGAUGUCCAUAUGCAGCAGGUGCUUCUGGAAAUAUUGCUACUGAAGACUUGCUUUACCUUCUCCAUGGACAAGGUUUAAAAACAGGAGUGGACUUUGAUAAAAUAGUAGAAAUCGGUGAUUCAAUUAGUAGCCAACUUCAGAGAAAGAAUCAGUCGAAAGCUGGUAUGGCAACUCUUGCAAAGAAACAGUUGAAAACAUAGGCGUAAUUAUGUAUUUUUAAAAAAUAUUAAUACUGAUGCAAAUAAUAUUGUAUUUUUUAAUAUUUUGUAAUUAUCGGAAGAAAAAUUCGAGACUAUCUACAAUAAACUAUUUUCAAUUUCGUACUUAUUAAA